AUGUUGGAUGACAAAUGCUGGUACAAGUUGGAGGAUGAAUCGCACGCCCGCCAACUGAACGAUCAGCAAUAUGCCGAAGCCGUUGAUUUGAGUAUCGCGGCAGUCACUGCUGCCGCUGAGGGCAAGCGGAAGCAGGGAGGAUCAGCUGGUCAGCGCCUUACUUGCUCAACAUCUUCUAAGAAAGUCGAUAUCCUCCAAAGCUCGACCAAGGAGGACAUUAAAGAGGCUCUCGCAAACAUGAAGCAAAUGAGAAAGAAGACAACAAAGGUCCCCACUCAUCGAAAAGGGGAAGAGGGCGAAAAUGGCAAAGCCAGCGAAGAUGGAAAGAAGAGCAUUGACGGCAAGAAGGGCAACGACGGCAAGAAGGGUAAUGGCAGUAAGAAGAGCAAAAAGGGCAAAUCGCGCCCGAAACGGCUCGAGAAAAUGGCGUGGUACGAACACAGUUUUGUCGACACGAAUGGUCUACUGAAUACCUGGGACAACUACGAAGAGUUCGAGGGAUACCGACUAACACAUCGCUGCACAUGGAUUCCGGUGUCGGAGGAGAGGUCCAUCGAGCAGCUUUCGGGCAAUGGGUCAGUGCCGGGCCUGGUUUUGACGAUUCCAGAGGGAGAACACUUUUCUUUGCAUGACCCAAUAGACUAUGAAUAAAUAGCGGACAGUCAUUGGAAUAGGUAAGGGUUAAUAGCUAGAAUAAAGCCUAUGGC